GCCGCUUCUCCACCAACCAUCCCCCGGCUGGGGCACUGCAUGGGUCAGGCCAUCUGCGGCACGGGGACGUGCCCUGACCCGCUGCCCCGCAGGAUGUCCCAGCACGAAGCCGCCCUGAUCCACACCAAGGCGGUGACGGGCAGCUGGUGCUGCGUGCUGCCCCACGGUGAGGACGUGUCGGAGGAGCUGAGCGAGGAGGAGUGCAGCAUCGCCCGGCGGGCGCAGCGCGUGGCACUGGAGGUGCUGGAGGACGCACUGCGCAAGGACCGCGUGCUGAUGAAGAACCUGAAGGACGUGGUGGUGCUGAGCGGGGAGGGAGGAGAGGGCUGGGUGGAGCGCUAUGCCAUGCUGACCGAGCGGCUGCUGCGGAGCCUCAUUGCGCAGCUCCAGCAGGCCGUCUUCCGCAAGAACCCGCGCAAGGCCGGCUCCUACGCCUACGUCAAGAGGAACGCGUGCGACCGCACCAUCUACCUGUGCCCGCUCUUCUGGCAGGCGCCCGGCGAGCUGCAGAAGGACUCGCAGCCCGGCACGCUGAUCCACGAGGCCUCGCACUUCCUGGGCCUGCACGACAUCACUUAUGCCACGGCCAGCUUCAGGGCGGGCAGCGGUGGCACGGCCAUCUGUACAGACGGGCACAUGCCCCUCUCUGAGACGCUGCGGAAGGCGCUGCUCAACGCCAACAGCAUCGAGUAUGAGUUCGAGAUCGUGCUGAGGCACCGGCAGCCCUAUUGGGGUGGCCGCUACGCCUGCUGCGGGGAGACGGCGCGUAACUCCAUCUGCGAGAACGCAGUGCCCUGGGGCGGGCCGGCCUGCAGGCCUCAGAGCGCGGCCGCCAGCACCAUCGGGGACACGGUGCAGCUGGUCCUGCUGCCCGCCCGGGACGCCAUGCGGAGGUGCCUGUGGGACAUGUGGAGAGCGGCAGAGGCCCUGGGCCGGUGCCAGCGGGCCAUGCUGGUGGCCAACGUCACCGGCGGGGUGGUGAGCGUGGCGGGGGGGGUGGCAGCCAUGGCCGGGCUGCUGCUGGCCCCUGCCACGCUGGGGAACGCGCUGCUGUUGGCAGCCGUGGGUUUCGGUGUCUCCACAGCUGGGAGCAUCGCCAGCACCGCUGCCACCGUCAGCAGCAGCGUGGGCUACCUGGUGAGGAAGGGCGAGGCUGAGACACUGCUGGAGAAGUUUGCGGCACAGGCAUGGGUGUUCACGGGCUGCCAGGAGGCUGUGGAGAGGGCACGGAGGCUGCUGAUGGCGCCGGGGCUGGAGGAGAGCGUGGAUGUCAUCCUGGGGGUGUUCCGGGUGGUGGCGGGGCUUGGGCGCAGCGUCUUCAAUGGCAGCAGUGCCUUCAGAGUCAGCACGGUGCUGGCAAGGGCCGGCCAUGCCACCAGCCUUGCCGGGACGGCCACCUACGUCCUGCUCGGCCUCUGCCUGGCCCUGGACAUCUUCUUCAUUACCAAGGACUCGGCACACCUGCACCGUGGUGCACGCUCAGAGCUGGCGGGGAGCAUCCGUGUGGCCACAGCCAUGCUGGUGAAGGAAUUUGGUGCCAUCGAUGAGUUCUGCGAGAAAAUCAGGCUGAUCCUGGAGGAGCAGGAGUGAAGGCUGGCACAGGUCUGAAUCCCACACGUGGCGCUCCUGCCCGGCCAUUCGUGCUGAUGGGAGCCCUCCAGCUGCUUUGAGUGUGCACAGAUCUCCAGUAAAGCUAUUGCACCCGC